UGAGGAGCCGACAGCGCGUCCCAGCUCUAGGGCGGGGCGGGCACCGAAGGGCGGGAUAGAGGCCGGCGCGGGGACCCGUCACCGCCGGGACGCUCCCAGGGGACGCGAGCGCGAAAGGACGUCAACGCCCGAACCAGGUGCCUGUCCUGUCCCCACGACCGGGAGCGUCGUGAGUUCCCGGAGGAAGAGGCGAGCGGCGUCAGGUGCCUCGCGCACAGUACCUGGGAGAGAGGAAGGUAGGGAGCCAUCGGUGCCUGCCGAGUCUACGCGGUUCCCACGCCAUCAGCCUCGAAGUGCUGCUCCGGUACCGGCCCCUAGGGGCGCAUUUCUUGACUCUACAACGGACCGGUUCAGAUCAGCAUCCGCAUCCCUGCACACCCCCACCGAAAUGGCUGCCUUUGGACACACGCUGCCCUUCUACACUGGCCCCAAGCCAACCUUUUCCAUGGACACGACUUUGGCUGUCAUCAUCACCAUCUUCCUGACUGCCCUGGUUACCUUCAUCAUCAUCCUGCCCGGCAUCCGCGGGAAGACGAGACUGUUCUGGCUGCUUCGGGUGGUGACCAGCUUGUUCAUCGGGGCUGUGAUCCUAGCUGUGAAUUUCAGCUCUGAGUGGUCUGUGGGCCAAGUCCACACCAACACAACCUACAAAGCGUUCAGUCCCACGUGGGUCAGCGUGGACGUGGGGCUGCAGAUUGGGCUCGGAGGGGUCAACAUCACACUCACAGGGACCCCAGUGCAGCAGCUGAAUGAAACCAUCGACUACAACGAGGCAUUCACGUGGCGCCUGGGGGAGAGCUACGCAGACGAGUACACAAAGGCACUGGAGAAGGGCCUUCCAGACCCCGUGCUGUACCUGGCAGAGAAGUUCACCCCUCAAAGCCCAUGCGGCCUGUACGACCAGUACCGCCUGGCGGGACACUACGCCUCAGCCAUGCUGUGGGUGGCUUUCCUCUGCUGGCUGCUGGCCAAUGUGUUGCUGUCCAUGCCUGUACUGGUUUACGGUGGCCACAUGCUGCUGGCCACCGGCCUCUUCCAGCUGAUGGCACUGUUGUUCUUCUCCAUGACCACAUCACUCCUAUCCCCCUGUCCCCUGCGGCUGGGCACUGCUGUGCUGUCCACUCACCGUGGGCCUGCUUUCUGGAUCACGUUGGCCACAGGACUGCUGUGUAUUCUGCUCGGCCUGGUCAUGGCGGUGGCCCACAGGGUGCAACCUCACAGACUGAAGGCUUUCUUCAACCAGAGUUCGGAGGACCCAGUGAUGGAGUGGGGUUCUGAGGAAGGGGGGUUAUUGAGCCCCCGCUACCGGUCCAUGGCAGAGAGUCCCGAGACCCAGGACAUUCCCAUGUCAGAGGCUUCCUCUGAGACAUGUUUUAAGGAAGAGAACCUCAGAGAGUCAGACUGUACCCUGUAGUACUCCCUGUUGGUGGCCACUUGAGUUUUCAGACCGGCUCCAGACUUCGCUGAAGCUCCCAUAAGACCAGAGCUGCCCCGGAAGUGGGUUUCGGGUUUGUAUCAGAUGCCCAGCUCCAACUUGCAGAUGUAACGGAAUAAGGAGACACAACCUACUAAUGCAAAAUAAAAUAAAUAAAGGAGCAAAAGUCCCAGGGUUCUGAAGAGAUGUCAGGCAUGCCCAUAAACCCUGCCGUUGUGGUGAGGACAACAUGGGUGGCUCUUCUCUCUGCACAGCGAUCACUUUCUUGCAUGUUUCGCCUCUUCAAGGUGCCGACCUCCCUCUCACGACAAACAUGCUGGGUGUCGAGUGCCCUCGGCACCCAUCUCUCGCUUUGGGGGGGGGGGCUAUCUGGGCCCCUUUCUUUUCUUUCUCUGCUGCCUUCACAGCUUGUGUGACUUCUGGGUCUGCACCGACAGGAGAACAAGCAUCUUGUUCCAGUCCUAACAUUAACUGGUUGUGCCACAUUCUCUCUGACCUUCAGUUUCCAAAGGUGCUAUGUAAGGUUAUAGGACUUGGGGGAAAGAAAAACUUUAAAAAGAUCCCAGGGCAUAUAUAAUGUGUGUGAGUAUUUUGCCUGCAUGUACGUCUGUCACCACUUGCGCGCAGUGCCUGAGGAGACCAGGAGAGGACGCUGCAGAAUCCCCUUGACUGGAGUUACAGGCCGGAGUUAGUCUCCUUGUGUGUAA